AUGAAAGGCUGGUGUAUGUUUGCUGCUGGCACCCAACAUCUAACAAAGUAUUGUCCUCUCUCUCUCUUUACUCUUCUAUCCAUCUCUCUCUCCUCCCAGGUGAGCUAGUCCUAACCCUCCCUGCCACGUUGGCAUUUUCUCCCCGUCUCUCUCUUCGUCCACCUCAUCCCUCUCUUCCCCCAGCAUUCUCCGCCAUGGCUCUCCUCUCCACCUCUCUCUCUGCCUCCGUCCCCUUCCUCCUCUUCCUCCUCCUCCUCCCCCUUCCUUUGCCCUGCGCCCUGGAGUCUCUACGAGGAGGAGGAGAGGAAGAGAACCGCUCCAUCUCCACAAUGUCCUAUCCCUCCAUGUCUCCGGAGUUCUGGAGCAACAGCAGCACGGGACUGGGCAGCAGUUCAAAGUGCUCUCAGCCGGUGGUGUGCAAGCCGGGCACCCUGCUGCCCGUGUGGAAGCCCCUGGGCCCCGGGCUGGGCGACCAGGUGGCCAGGGCCGUGGUCUACUUCACCUGCCUCAUGUACAUGUUCCUGGGAGUGUCCAUCAUCGCAGACCGCUUCAUGGCCUCUAUCGAGGUCAUCACCUCACAGGUUGGUACUGUAUGAUAAAUUGACCCAUAUGAUAGACUGUGUUUAUGUAGAGUUGUCAUUCACCACAUAAUGGAAAUGACAUAGGAAUAGAAUGAAGAGAUUCUAUUUUUACAGAGAGAGCUCUCCCACUCUUAGACCCAAGUGGUUGGCUCUCCUCUCUCACCUCUCCCUAGACUACAUUAACUGUCACUCAAACACAGUGAACAUCGAAACAAGUAGAACACUCUAUGAUAAAGUAAUUGUAAAACUCGCCUCUGCAAGGGUGAUAGACACAACAGUUUCUUUCUCUUACCACAGACAGCUCAAAUUAACAUGUUAUUUCUAUGUUUGGGUUUUCACAUUUCUUGGAGUGACUGACUUUGGGCCCAUAUGGAAUUCCAGUAUUUACAGUAUGUUCAUUGAAACACAUCCUGAAAUGCAGACUUAGUGUAAUUAAUUAUUGGUUCCAUCUGAUUUAAAGCUUGGGUAAUUGGUUCAGACUCUGACAUUGUUGUGAAUUGGAUUUCUCUGCUGACAAGAGAUAGUGUUGACUCAACAAAAUGAAAUAGAUUCUAGCCUUGGGUUGGAACCGGUUCAGGGAACAAAACCGAAAACCAGACAAUAACAAAAUAUUUAAACGAACAGAAACAGAACCAGGAACGACAGUGAUAUAUACUGUUCUGGAACAGAACCAUUCUUUUAAAAGCAUGGGAACCGGUUAAUAGCGUUCUAUUACAUUCCGGGCAUGUUUUUCUAGUCCCACAAAAAAUGCAACAAAGCGCCUAUGCAAAGCCCUCACUCUGUCACUCAGAAACUUCUUCCAGUGUCUGCCUGCAAGCUGAAAAUCUUUGCCAGUGUGUGUGCAUGUGUAAGCUACCUGCGCCUCCUCCUCCGAAGCAUAGGCUACUGUAGCCUACUAACAUUACAAGCGUGAUUCAGAAGAUAGGGAGAGAGCACGUGGGCAAUGGAGGGACACAAAAUGAUGCAGUUUGAGGCCAUGUGGCGGAGAGUGAUGCGGGCGCUGGAGAUGGGGAUUGUGAGCAUGUGGGGCAGGUGUGAUGUAGUUGAUGUUUGUGUGAUGUCGUUUGUAUGUGUAUGUUUUGUAUUGUUAAUUAUUUUUAUAAAAUCUUACAAAAAGAUAGGGAGAGAGAUUUUUUAUUAGAGAAGAAUGGAUUUUCAAUGCUAGUUAAAAAAGGAAGAGAAAAUAAUGAUAUAAACAGGUACUUUUUAAAGUUUUGCUGGUCAGAACAGUGGAACGGGACGAAAUAAAUAGUGGUUCUGUUCAGAACGAAACUAUUGGAAAAUAAUAUGAGACUUAGUGUAUUGAAUUAUUGGUUCCAUCUGAUUUUAAAGCUUUAGAUAAUUGGUCCAGACUCUUUGACAUCGUUAUGAAUUGGAUCUCUCUGCUGACAAGGGAUAGUGUUCUCAACAAACUGAAAUAGAUUCUAGCCCUGGAAUCGAUUCCAUAAUCAAUUAACCGGGGCUGUUUUAUUCUUUUUUCAUAAAUUAUUAAUCCAUUUCAGUUUGUUGUUGGGCCAUCGAACACCAUUGUGAAUUUACUAGUUAUCCGUUUGUAAUAUUGUCCUCUUUAUAGCAAACCAUGUGUUCAACAUCUUUGUUCAUAAUCGGAAUAGCAUAGAUUUCUCCCUUUUUCAAUUUUCUCUCUGACCGAGCAAAUUACAGACAAUUUUAUUCAUAAGUUCAUAAUGCGAGCAUCUAUGUCACGACUUCCUCCGAAGCUGCCACCUCUCCUUGUUCGGGCAGGCUUUCGACGGGACAGCUGCCCUCUGCCAGGGAUUCCUCCUACAACUGGAGUUGUACUAUUUGAACAUCAGGCCGGCUCCAUCGGAGCGGGAGAAGGUGUCCGCCCUCGUCUCCUGCCCCUCGGGGAAAUCCCUGGAGUGGGCCAACGCGGUCUGGAGUGAAGGAGGAGCCGCGUUGGACAACUUCAUGGCUACAGACGUCAGUGCUAUGGGUCGGUAAUCAUUUAGGCAGGUUAUCUUAUUGUCCUUGGGCACGGGGACUAUGGUGGUCUGCUUGAAACAUGUUGGUAUUACAGACUCAGUCAGGGACAUAUUGAAAAUGUCAGUGAAGACACUUGCCAGUUGGUCAGCACAUGCUCGGAGUACACGUCCUGGUAAUCCGUCUGGCCCUGCGGCCUUGUGAAUGUUGACCUGCUUAAAAGUCUUACUCACAUUGGCUAUGGAGAGCGUGAUCACAUAGUCAUCCGGAACAGCUGGUGUUCUCAUGCAUGCUUCAGAGCCAGACCGAGGCUCCUGUGGUGGAUGACUGGUUUCGGCGCGCAGAGGAGACAUGGAACGCUGCUCACGUCCACCUCCAAUGCGCUGUGCGUCGCCAGAAGGCCAAUGCUGACCUCCACCGCAGUGAGGCCCCGGUCUUUGUACCGGGUGAUCGGGUUUGGCUCUCGACCCGGAAUCUGCCCCCUCCGCCUGUCCUGCCGGAAGCUGAGCCUGUGGUUUGUGGGACCGUUCAAAGUCCUGAGGAGAAUAAACGAGGUUACUUACAGGUUACUACUCCCUCCUGAUUACCGCAUUAACCCCUCGUUCCAUGUGCCUCUCCUCAGGCCGGUGGUGGCUGGUCCGCUCCAGGAGUCUGAGGUGUGGGAGGUCCCUCCGCCCCCUUUGGAUAUCGAGGGGGCCCCGGCGUACUCCGUCUGUUCCAUUCUGGGUUCGAGGCGUGGGGUGGGGGGCCUUCAGUACCUCGUGGAGUGGGAGGGGUACGGUCCGGAGGAGCGGUGCUGGGUCCUGGUGAGGGAUAUCCUCGAUCCCUCCCUGUUGUGGGAUUUCCACCGUCGCCAUCCGGCUCGCCCUGCUCCGCGUCCUCCUGGCCGUCCCCGAGGCCGGUGUCGGCACGCUGCUGGAGCUGUGCGUCAAAGGGGGGGUACUGUCACGACUUCCUCCAAAGCUGCCACCUCUCGUUGUUCGGGCAGGCUUCGGCGUGCGUCGUCACCGGCCUUCUAGCCACUGCCGCUCCGCAUCUCAUCAUUCCAUUGGUUUUGUCUUGUUUAUUACACACACCUGGUUCAUAUCCCCUCAUCAGUACCUGUAUAAGUGUUCCAUCUGCCCCCUUGUCUUUGUGUGUGAUUGUUUAUUGUGGAGGAUAGUGAAGCUCGGUGGAGCUCCGUGUAUUUUGUAUCGCCGGGAUAUUUCCCCAUGUGCCGUGUAUUUUCCAGUGCGCCUGUUUUGCGCACUAGAGUGUUUUGACGCAUUUCUGCGUAACUCUGUAAUUGCGGAAUAAAGCCUGUUAUUCUGUGAUUUACCCUCCUGCGCCUGACUCCUUCGACAUCACCUCAUCGCAAUCUAUUAGGAGAGUAAUUGCCAGAAGUGCAUCCAUUAUUAAGGAUUCAGACCACCCCAGUGGCCUAAUUGGAGUGUAUUGUAGUGUAUUGUAUUGUAACAGGGGGGCUGUUCCAGUGUUUGUCCUGAGGUUAUGCAAGCGUAAACACGCUAUGAGAGUGUCUAUGCUGGCAGCAAGGAGCACAGGCCUGGCUCUCUGCCGGGGGGGAUGGGGAUGGAGGGAUGGUGGAGCCCUUUCCUGCAGUCAAAUGAGCCAGUGGCCCCAUGGGUGGAAUGUUAUUAAUAUCUUUCAUAAUUUCAUAAUUAAUAAACAUUAUUUAUUUUACGCCGAAAAUCUGGUGUUUCUAUGUCAAACGGUUUUGUUGAAUUUCAGUCUUCUGUGACUUAUAUAAAGUGUAAUAUUGGGAUGCAAUCUCAAAAUUGAAUACAUUCAACUCUAUAUCUGACAUGGUACGGGUGUCUUCUUUUUUUUAAAGCCCAAUACCAUGUGUGUGAGAUGUAUACUUUUGUUUGAAAGUAGAUUUGUUCAAGACUACCAAGAAACGCUCUGUGUGACCCUGAUUUAGCCCACUUCAGUAAAAUUAACCAACCCUACAUCUCAAGGUCACUGUAAAGGAACCUGCAAGGAAGCAUUUCGUAGAAUGGUGUAUACCAUGUGUAUCCCGUACAUACGACUUAUAAAACUUGAAACUUGAGUCUCCAUAGCCCGCCAUCCAUCACUCCUCCAUUCACUAGAUUAGAAUACCAGGUCGUCCUGCUUUCCUUCUGCCAGGGAGUCAGGGACGCGUCCUCCCUGAUGGUAGGAUACUGUAAAUACCAUCCAUCAUGCUUAUAUGUGGAGAAGAAGGAAAUCUGUAGCUUCCCACUACUACUCCCACUACCAUCUCAGGCCUAUGAGCAUUAUUUUUUUUGGUACAUUAACUGGCUAGAUGAGAUUAAGAUAUGUAUGAGUCUGGUGGUGAGAUACUAGAAUGGUAUGGGGUGAAUAGAGUGAUGACUAGUGUGUGUGUGUGUGACCCCUCUCUGUCUGUCCUGUAGGAGAAGGAGGUGACCAUCACCAUGCCAAGCGGUGAGACGUCUGUGGCCACUGUACGUAUCUGGAACGAGACUGUGUCCAACCUGACUCUGAUGGCUCUAGGCUCCUCCGCCCCAGAGAUCCUGCUGUCUGUCAUAGAGGUGGGUGUCACGUCAUAAAGACUCCCCCGACCACAACUCAUAAGUGGGUGUCACAUCAUAAACACUCCCCCCAGCGACAACAUAUCAGUGUAGCAGUGUAUACUAGUAGUAGUACUGGAAUUAAGAUGAAAAUGACAUAAAGAAACUGAUAUCUACUUUAAAGUUAUUGUCAAAUUUUACCAAUAUAACAUUUACGUACAAUUUGUACAUGGCCUUUUUGAUUUAUACUGCACUAAAUGUUCUCUAAAAGUAAAGGUUCUCUAAAAGUCUUUCUCUCCUCUGUCUCCCGGUGUUAGGUGUGUGGGCAUGGGUUCGAGGCAGGUGAGCUGGGCCCUGGCACCAUUGUGGGCAGUGCCGCAUUCAACAUGUUUGUGAUCAUCGCCAUCUGUGUGUGGGUCAUCCCUGAAGGAGAGACCAGGAAGAUCAAACACCUCCGCGUGUUCUUCAUCACAGCCUUCUGGAGUAUCUUCGCCUAUAUCUGGCUCUUCCUCAUCCUCUCUGUCAUCUCACCCGGAGUAGUGGAGGUACACUUUUGUGUGUGUUUGUAUGUGUGUGUGUGUGUGUGUGUGUGUGUGAGUUAGCAAAUGUGUAUAAAUACUGUAUGUGUGUGUGUAACCAAACAAUCAACACCCUUCCAGUUUGGAUGUAUGUCUUGUAAUGGUACCCUCUGUGUGUGUGUGUUUGUGUGUGCGUGUUUGUGUGUGUGUGUUUGCGUGUUUGUGUGUGUGUGUGUGUGUUCAGGUGUGGGAGGCCCUGGUCACCCUGCUCUACUUCCCAGUGUGUGUGAUCCUGGCCUGGAUCGCCGACCGCCGCCUGCUCUUCUACAAGUACAUGGCCAAGCGUUACCGCGCUGACAAGCAUGGCAUCGUCGUGGAGACGGAGGGGGACACAACCCCGAAAGGCUUCGAGAUGAUUAUGGACGGAAAGUUCCCUCCUAGGGGAGGAGUGCUGGGAGUGAUGCCCAGUGAGAACUGCCAGGAUGGUGCCAACAAUGCGGCGGGCGCCGUGGCCUACCUGCCCAACUCCAACAGCACCAUGGUGACUGUAGAGAAUACCAAGGAGCUGGACGAGAGCCGCAAGGAGGUGUGAGAGAGAGAGAGAGAGAGAGAGAGAGAGAGAGGAGAGAGAGAGAGAGAGAGAGAGAGAGAGAGAGAGAGGAGAGAGAGCAGAAACAACACAAUUAGACCCAACCAAAUCAUGAGAAAACAAAAAGAGAAUUACUUGACACAUUGGAAAGAAUUUUUAAAAAAACAGUGAACCAUGCCAGCCAGGUUGACCUAGCACUCUCUCUCAGGCUCUCUGAGUCUCCAGUAGUACAACAGGUGUGGUGAGAGAGCGAGAGAGAGAGGAUACUUUUUUGUCUUUCUUUAAUGGUACAUCCUCAUUUCAUUAAAACCUAGCCCCACCCCCCCCACCCCACCCCAUAAAAUAAAAAAAAUAAAAAAUAUCCCCUGUACUGCAUACUCAACCUUUCCCUAUACCCCACGAUACAAAAACAACACCACACAUCACAAUAACCCAAAACCUCACCACUUCUACAAACCGUAUAUCCAGACCAUCUUCCCCAGCUAUACAGACAGCUCCCCCAAACACACCAUAUCUCUUGAACAUCUCCACACUUUUUAUAAUUUUAUAGAACUCAAAUUCCACCCUAAGGCGCGCAGAGACCAUCCCAUUAAAUAAUAGUAAAGGGUCUGUUAUCCCUCCACCUUUGACCCUGUUCCUCCUUGUUAUCCAAAUAGCCAACUUUGCCUGAGCAAACAGAAAAUUCAACAACACACAUUUAACCUUUUCCUAAUUUGAAUACCUGUAUCCCAUUAAAACAUCCGGACAGUAAACUCCACCCCCAACCUCUCACACAGACAUUCCAACUGAGACAUUAAAGGCAUUAACCUGGCGCACACAGAAAACAUAUGAAUCACAGUUUCACUCAUGACACAGAAAGGACACCCCUGUCCGACUCCCGGUUCAACCCCUGCCAACCAGCUGUUAGUGGCCAGGGCUCCAUGUAAAACCCUCCACUGGAGGUCCCCUGACCUCUUUGAUACUGGAAGUUUGUAGAGCCCCCUCCAUCUAAAACCCACCAUACUCUCCGCCCCACAUACCCCCUGCCACUGAUGUGCCUUCACUCCUGUUAGGCUCCUGAUGUUCCUUACCUUAAUACAGAGGUUGUAUAGGGCUUCACCUCCUACCCCUUCAAACUCCCCCAGGCUCGGAGUGUUAAAAUCUAACAAGUCCUCCAGACCCCCUUGCCAGUCCCCAGUCUCUGCCGUCACAUGCAGUGGCGGAAACAUUGGUGGCCCCUCCCACUUUGGCCGCUCAAACACCCCCUUUACCGGCUCAGACAGUACCUCCUGGACUUCCCCCAGGAAUUUCUCCAGCAGCCUAAGAGAUGUUAGUCCUGUUUGUUGUGCUAGGACUUCUGGGGUUUUCCACCCCUCCUCUCCCAGCAGUCGCAGGUCACCCAGCCUUAGUAAUCCCGCUGCCAUCAGUCACCUCUUCAGGGUGGCCGACUGAACCGAUCUCAAAAGGAUUCCUGGGUUGUGGAAGAUAGGCUCCUCCCACACCCACAGCCCAGGCUCCACACCCCCUUCUCGUGUGGGCCUUAGUAGCUGCUAGGCCCUCAGCACCGCAGAGUAAAAAUCAGAGAGUCCUGCUGUACUCAGCCCCUCCAGCCUCAUGAGGAAUAGCUGCCGGUCCAACCCUAAUCCGCCAGCUCUCCUCAGCAGCGUGCAUGCUAGCUCCCUCCAUCCGACAUCAGUAUGGUACAGCAGUCUCUGCGCCGCCUUUAGUCGGAAUGCAGCCACCCUGCUCUCCAGUUCCACCAGGCCCUGUCUUCCUUCAUUUAUGGACAUAUACAACACUGCCGCCCUCAGCCAGGGAUGGCCCAACCAGAAAAAAUCCACCAGCUUGCGUUGCAGGUCUGCGAGCCUCCUGACCCACCUCUCCGAGCCCAGGUACAUCCCCAAAAUGUUAAGCCCUCCACAACCCCACUGCAAACCCCUUGGAAGCAGAGGAGGGGCCCUAUCCUCCCAUGCCCCACAUAACAGAGCUUUGCUUUUGCCCCAGUUUACCUUAGCUGACGAAGCUCUCUCGUACACCUUCAGACUAUUCUCUAGUGCCUGCAUAUCCUCACCAUCCCUGACCAUAACAGAAACCUCAUCUGCAUACGCUGACACUGCUAUGCCUGUCCAGCACACUCCCUGCAGUCUCCUGCAUAGCAGGCCCAAAAAAGGCUCAAUGGCUAGUGUAUAUAACUGCCCUGAUAGAGGGCAUCCUUGUCUAAUGCCCCGCCUCACCCAGACUGGCCUACUGAGCCCCCCUCCCACCUUAACCAUACAUGAUGCCCCAGCAUACAACAUCUUCACAUAGGCCAAAAAACCUUUCCCCAAACCCAAACCCAGACAUCACAUUAAACAGAUACUCAUGGUCCACUCUAUCAAAAGCCUUCUCUUGAUCUAAAGAGACCAGACCAAAGUUCACAUUAGAACCUCUCCACAAAUCCAACAUGUCCCUGAUUAAGAACAAGUUGUCCGUGAUUGAGCGUACUGGUAUGCAAUAUGUCUGGUCCUUGUGUACUAUAGAGUCCAGAUGGGACUUUAGUCUGUUAGCGAGGACCUUGGCAAAUAUCUUGUAGUCCGCACAGAGCAAUGCCACAGGCCUCCAGUUCUUAAGUUCACACAAGUCCCCCUUUUUGGGCAGGAGAGUCAGAGCCGCCGCCGGCAGCUAAUCGGCAACUCUCCUACUCCGACCACUCACGCAACACGCAAAAGAAGUCCAGUCCAAUUAUUCCCCAGAAUUUUUAGAAAACUCCACUGGGAGUCCAUCGACCCCCAGUGCACGGCCGGGGGACAUCUGGGUUACGCCCUCUUCCAGUUCAUGGGACAACAGGGGAAUGUCCAUUUCAUCCCUCUGUACCUUAGAGAGCUUAGGGAGUUUGGCAAACAAAACCUGAGCACACAUAGGAUCACUCAGUUCUGCCCUAUACAACUCAGUAUAAAACUCCACAGUCCGCUCCCGCAUCUCCCCCACCACAGAGGUCACCCGCCCAUCCGAAAGCCGUAGACAAUGCAUACCCUUGGCUUCACCGCUCUGUCUUUCCAAACCAAAGAAGAAGGAGCUGGGAGCAUCCAUCUCCUUGAGCAUGGAGAACCUAGCUCUUACAAGUGCUCCCUUUGCUUUAACCUGGAGAAAACUGCCCAGGUCCCUACGUAGUUCAGCUAAAUUAGCCUGGAGGCCUACAUUGCCUUGCCCCACCAGCUCUACCUCCAUCUCACUAAUACUACGCUCGAGUUCCCCCAAUACUCUCCUAGCCUCUGAGGAUGAGAGAGCUGUAUACUGUUGGCAGAAAAGCUGAAUUUGGACUUUUCCCACAUCCCACCAUUGACUCAGAGACUCAUACUCUUCGCUGCCCCCACCUUUCCCAAAAAGUCUGGAAACCUGAGCAAAAAGUGGCAUCUUGUAAGAGCUUUACAUUAAACUUCCAAUAGGAUGCCUGCCGAGGCCCUGGUGAAAUAGACAGCCGAGCCAUGGUUAUGUGAUUAUCAGAAAAACCCACCGGGAGAAUGGUAGCGCCCAACAGCCUAUUGCUCUGAUUCCUGGACAUGUACAAUCGAUCAAGCCGGGCUGCACUCACCCUAGCCCCAAAGACCUUCACCCAUGUAUACUGUCUUGUGUUGGGAUGUCUAGUUCUCCAAACAUCCACUAGGUCAAACUGAUUAAUAAUGUCCCUUAACACCCCCACUGAACCUGAAUGAGGCUCCUUCCCAUUUCUGUCUUUCGUAAAAUCCAUCAUACAGUUCCAGUCCCCGCCGACCACCAUCGUCUCCUCAGGCGAUAUCUGUGAGAGUUCCUGUCUAAGACACCCAAAUAGAAGCCCCCUCUCUCUCCCCGUGUUAGGCCCAACACAUUUAUAAAGACAAAACCCCUGUUGUUAAUUUCUGCUUUUACUACAAGCAGUCUACCCCUACACAUCUCUUUUGAGGAGCAGAUUUUUACAGACAGACCCGGUACAAAAAGGACUGCCACCCAUGCACUAACAUUUGUCCCAUGGCUCAGCACACUUGCCCCUUUCCACCAGAGCCCCCAAUUAACUUCAUUCACCACAUCACUAUGCGUCUCCUGCAGAAACAACACCUGUACUUUUUUUUUUGUUUUACAUAUUCACCCAACACACUCCUCUUUCCCGCAUCUCUGGCGCCAUUAAUAUUAAGCAAGCCUACCCAAAGAGUCUCCAUAAGAAGUAGGAAAAAAGCCAGCAAAGAAAGAGACCAAUAGCAAAGCUCAAAAAGCCCCAGUGCCAGAAAGAAAACUUUCAUCUAAACAGUGUCUGAAGGUAGACUUUUACACACGGUUGUGACCCACUUCCUCAACCUAAACCGUUUCCUGGGUGAGAGGACACCAUGCCCCUCAUUUUUCAUAGUAUGUUGUACUGAUCUUACAAACUUUCCCGGAUCGCAAAAAAAAGCCUCAAGAUUUACUUUUUUCCCCUUAGUCUCAUUCAGGAACCUUGACAGUUCCCUCACCGUGUACUUUGACCCCUCUGACUGACUGGCUGUCAGCUCUGGACCCAUUGAGGAGGAGUCUGAAAAGAAAUCCUCCUCAUCGUCUUCCUCCUCAGACUCACCUUCCUCCUCCUCAUCUCCAUCUCCCAUCCUGACCACCUGCUCUUCCUCACUAGUCGGAGCCUCCCCCUCAGCACCAGGCAAAGGUUCCUUGGUGCCUUUCACCACACCAGCCUCUGCCCUCCCACCUCCUUUCUUCUCCCCCUUUUUCCUCUUCCGCUUGACACCCUCCUUCACCCCCCCAGUCGCUUACCCUUCCCCACAAUACACUCCUCAUCCACUAGCAUAACCUGACUAAGCCCAGCCUCAUCUACACCACCAUCCAUGACAUGACUAGACCCAGCCUCAUCUACACCACCAUCCAUAACAUGACUAGACCCAGCCUCAUCUACACCACCAUCUAUAGCAUGACUAGGACCAGCCUUAGCUACACUACCAUCUGUCACAUGACUAGGCCCAGCCUCUGCUGCCUGCGUCUCAUGGCCCCCUGCACGUUGACCUCGAUGUCCCCCACUGGUGCUUGAACCCUUACCUUGUCUACGGCUUUUAUGUGGGCACGCAAAGCUCUUAUGCCCCACAUCCCCACACUCAAAGCACUGUAGACUAUCUGUGCUGGCAAAACCUGCGUAGAGCCCCUCCCCAUGCCUCACUUUAAAAUGCACAUUUAACUGUUGCUCAUUGUUAUUCAGAAACAUGAACACUUGCCUCUGGAAUGAAACAACAUGCUUGACGGCAUCUGCCUGAAAACUUGCAGACAGUACACGAAAACCACUAGCAAACUUACCAAAACUACUCAACUCCUUCCUGAUUUGAUCAUCCGUAAUAAACGGAGGCAAAUUUGCAACUACCACCCUAGUCGAAGGGGUAGAAAGAGGAGAAAUUGGCACCUACCCACCAAAUUUGAGCCUACCCACCAAAUUUGAGCCUACCCACCAAAUUUGCUAUUUUCAUGAACACAACACAAUGUUUUGUUCAUUCUGGAUGCGGAGUGUAUAAAUUCAGCUCCUACCUGUUCGCCGACCGCGAGCAGAACCUCCACCUUAAUUCCAUUCUCAGGAACACACCUGAAUCCAUGCCGUAAUGACAGCGUCUCCUCCGCGCUAGGCUGCGAAGCCAUCGCACACACCACACCGUUCAAAACCCCAGGAAACUAAACCUCUGUCCUCUUCCUCCCUAACUUUUAAAAUAAAAACAGUGGGUACCACUAAAACAAACCAUAGAAAAGAGAGAUUGAAAGGAAAAUCCAAGGAAAGAAUCAAUAACUAAGUUAGGACAAGCCCUCUACACAAACUCUAAAAAAAAACUCCCAGGAGAGGAGGAGAGAGACGAGGGAGAGGGGAGAGAGAGAGAGAGACUUAGAGAGAGAGAGAGAGAGAGAGAGAGAGGAAAAGAAGAGAGGAGAGGAGGAGAGAGAGAGAGAGAUGAGGAGAGAGAGAGAGAGAGAGAGAGAGAAGACAGAGACAGAGACAGAGACAGAGACAGAGACAGAGACAGAGACAGAGACAGAGAGAGUUAUAGAGGAUACACUCAUCCCAUUCAUGCACUCAGGAAUAGAUAUAGGCACAUUAGGGUUAGAGAGAGUAAAAAGAGAGAGAGAAAGAGAUGGAGAGAUGAAGAGGAUACACCCAUCAGCCAAUACAUGAACACCCACAUACUGUAGUUACUCAUCUCAACCACACAUACAAACACACUCAAGCAAAGGAGACUAUUAAGAGCUACAAACGUGCUGAACCUACAAGAGUUACAAACCUUCUCUCUGUGUCUGUCGAGGUUGUGUCUGUGUCCCGCUUUUUCACCCCCUGUUCCUCUGCCCCCAGGUGAUCCGCAUCCUGAAGCAGCUGAAACAGAAGUUUCCGGACAAGGAGCUGGAUCAGCUGGUAGAACUAGCCAACUACUACGCCCUCCUCCAUCAGCAGAAGAGCCGCGCCUUCUACCGCAUCCAGGCUACACGCAUGAUGACCGGCGCCGGCAAUGUGCUCAAGAGGCACGCCGCCGACCACACCCGCCGCGCCGCCGCCGUGGACGAGGAAGUUGUCUGCGAGGACGACGACCUGACCGAGUGCAGCCGCCUGGCAUUUGAGAGCACCCACAGCCAGUGCAUGGAGAACUGUGGUGUACUGAGGCUGGCUGUGGUGUGUCAAGGGGGCCUGGGGGAGAGCACCUUCUACGUGGACUACAGGACCGAGGACGGCUCGGCCAACGCCGGGUCCGACUACGAGUACAGUGAGGGAACGCUGGUGUUCAAACCUGGAGAGACCUGCAAGGAGAUCAAGGUGAGGGAUCAGUGGAAGGGGAGGAAAGGGAACAGUAACAUACAGUUCCAAUCAAUUAUAGCAAGAAGCGUUGCACAACUGUGCUGCCUAGAAGAUCCCCAGCUAGGUCGUUAGACCUGCUUGUCGUGGACAGAUCAGGACGUCACAUAAUGGAAGGAGCAGAAAACAGCAGCAGAAACCGAGUACUCUCUGAAUUAGCACCUGCCAGAGUCCUCUCUGUCCCGGAUCAACUGUCUCAUAUUGUCUUUGAGGAGCCAGUAGAGCUGGAGAGUCUUCUGGAAGCUAGAGCACAUUAAAGUCUGCCUCUUCAUCCUGACUGACAGUGAAUAUGACGUGGGAGAGGGGAGAGACGGUGAAAAAAGGAGGAAGUGGGCUUUGAAGUAUUUUGUCCUUGGAGAGGAUGUUUCCCUCUUUGAACUCAUAGUUUUCAUGUCAUUUCAUGUUCACACUUAGACAGAGGACAAAGAUAAUGUGUAUUUCUGGAUAGCAGGAGGGAUGAUGAGGAAAGGGAGAAAACAAGAAAUGUGAAGAGAGCGAUAGAAAGAGAGAGAGUUAGGAAACAACUCAAUUGCGUUAUUUCAUAACAGUAGCUAGUCAACCAUUAGUCAUGAAUGAGUGACUACAACAAUCAAUCCCCUUGUGUCCCAUGUCUAUGACCAUCAGUGUGGUUGAUUUGAUGCAUGUCUCAAGCGUUUAUGGUCUAUAACAGCUGUCACUUUCCAUCUCCACCCCUCCUCCCUCCAUCCUACACCUUUCCCAGGUCGGCAUCAUCGAUGAUGACAUCUUCGAGGAGGACGAGCACUUUUUCGUGCGGCUGCUCAACCUGCGCAUCGGUGACGCUGAGGGGAUGUUCGAGAGUGAUGAGCCAGGUGCGGGACCCAAGGGCCGUCUGGUGGAGCCACUGGUCACCAUGGUGACCAUCCUGGACGAUGACCAUGCUGGCAUCUUCACAUUCCGUGAUCGGCUGGUGCGCGUCAGCGAGAGCGUUGGUACCAUGGAGAUCACAGUGGUGCGGAACUCGGGUGCCCGCGGCACAGUGAUCCUGCCCUAUCACACGGAGGCGGGCACGGCGAAGGGAGGCGGCGUGGACUACGAGGACACUCAGGGAGAGCUGGAGUUCUCCAACGACCAGACAACGUGA